UCCCACUGGCCCCUGGCUUCGCGCGCGCGCAGCCCCGCCGCACAGCUGUCCUCGGGGACACCAGCCGCCCAGCGAACGCACCCGAGUUUGAGCUCGAGCCCCCCUCCGAGGAUCAGGGGACAGCUACUCCCUCGGGGCUGCAGGAACCUCCGCCGAGCAGAACUCGCCGCCAGGAUGCUGCUGUUGUUGCUGGGGAUCAUCGUGCUCCAUGUCGCCGUACUGGUGCUGCUCUUCGUCUCCACCAUCGUCAGCCAUUGGCUCGUGGGCAAUGGACACUCCACCGACCUCUGGCAGAACUGCAGCACAUCCUCAUCAGGAAACGUCCACCACUGUUUCUCGUCGUCGGCGAACGAGUGGCUGCAGUCGGUCCAGGCCACCAUGAUCUUGUCCAUCAUCUUCAGCGUCCUCUCCCUGUUCCUGUUCUUCUGCCAGCUCUUCACCCUCACCAAGGGCGGCCGCUUUUACAUCACGGGAGUCUUCCAGAUCCUGGCUGGUUUGUGCGUGAUGAGCGCAGCGGCCAUCUACACGGUGCGGCACACGGAGUGGCAUCUCAACUCGGACUACUCCUACGGCUUCGCCUACAUCCUGGCUUGGGUGGCCUUCCCCCUGGCCCUCCUCAGCGGCGUAGUCUACGUGAUCUUGCGGAAACGCGAAUGAGGCACCCUGACCCCGUGCGCGCGCGCGUGUGUGUGUGCGUCCGAGGCUCCGAGCUUACCCAGGCAAGGGAGGAAGAAAACCAGAAACUAAGAAAAAAGUUAAAAGCGCUAGCCCCAACAGCCCCAAGUGAAUCCAAACCAAACAGAAAGCAGUUGCUGUCGAUCGAAGAUGUAUAUAAUAUCUAUGGUUUAUAAAACCUAUUUAUAACACUUUUUACAUAUAUGUACAUAGUAGUAUUCGGCUUCUCUGUUGACAUUCAGGCUCGUGUUGAACCUUAAAGAAGUAGCUAAGGAACCUGACAUCCUAACAGUAUAAUCAAGCUCAGUACUUUUGUUUUUGAUUUUUUUUUUUUUAAAUUUGUUUUGCCCCCAAAGAAAGUAGAACAUCAUCUGGUCCCCUCCCUUUCAUCUGAAAGAAGAUACCUCCCUCCUAGAAAACCAAAGUGUGGGAAAGAAAAAAAAAAAGAGAGAAACGAAACAAUGGCCCCAAAGCCCUUGAUGAUGGGUGUCCCUGCGCGUUGAACAGCAACCGUGGCGAAGACGCCGCCCUGGCCCUGGGACACCUGCCCUUGCGCGUGGAGUCUUCUCCAUGUCAGUGAGCAGGCAGUGACAACAAAUCCAUGACAUGGUGCUAUGUAUCUACCAUUCCUUAUUCUCACUAAUCCUCUAAACGACUCACUGGAAAUUCAAUUAACAAUUUUACGCCCUAAAGGAGGCCUGAAUAAUUCCGUGUAAUAUAAAUGGUUUAAGACCGCUUCUGUACCUAGCUAGGCUGCCGCUAUUCCUAUAAUGAAUAAAUUCUAAUGCUCUCAUCACUCGCUCUUUCCUCUUACGGGCGGAGCUGCAGGACUGGCAUCUAGACCCCUCCCUUCUUCCCCCCGGGAUGGUGCGUUCCUGGGGCUUGGCCAGGUCUAGAAUGUUCUGUGCCUCCAAGGACUGUCUGGCAAUGACUUGUACCGGCCACCAACUGUACGUGUAAAUACGGUGCCCUCCGAUGCUAAGACUCCAGACCCUUAUUAUUAUUAUUAUUUUGCUUUGCUUUUUCUGAUUUUAUACCAAUUGUGUGGACUAAGAUGCAUUAAAAUAAACAUCAGAGUAACUCACUGA